GAUGAUAAUAGUUUGAAUAACAACAAGUCACCAAAAUCAAGCUAUAGCUAGGGUUCAAAUUCUUGUUAAUAAUCAUAUAGCUAUAGCUCUCACACAAGAUUCAUACAAUUAAUUAAAAAUAUAACUAAUUAUGGUGUUGGUGGUAUUUGAAAAGCAGUACAUAGAUUUAUUGUUAGUCCCAAGUGGCCUUCUCUUCAUGUUUGCUUAUCACAUCUUCUUGCUCUAUAGAUACCUCCACACCCCUCACACCACAGUCAUUGGUUUCGAAAACAAUGACAAGAGAGCCUGGGUUGAAAAGAUCAUGCUACAAUCCUCCGACACCAACACCAACGCUGCCACCGUCACCACCGCGCUCGAGGUUCUCUCCUCCAACAACACCGGUGCCACUUUUCUCGCUACCGUUUGUUUGACACUCAGCUCUCUUAUCGGAACGUGGAUGGCCAAUAAUUCCACCAUCUUUUGCAGUGACUUGAUCUACGGUGACACGAGGCCGGCGACGAUGGGAGUGAAGUACAUAAGCCUGCUGGUGAGCUUUUUGUUGGGGUUUUCAUGCUUCGUUCAAGCGUCGAGGAACUUCCUGCAUGCCAACUAUCUGAUAAGCAUGCCGGACGCCGACAUUCCGACCAGCUACGUCGAGUCGGCGGUCAUUCGUGGAGGAGAGUUUUGGUCUCUUGGGCUUAGAUCUCUCUAUUUCGCCAUCGUUUUGCUGUUCUGGUUCUUCGGACCCAUUCCCAUGUUCGCCACCUCCAUUGCCAUGGUCUUCCUCCUCCAUUAUCUUGACCGGAACACCACGCCGUUGCACAAUCACCGGCGAUCUUCCGGCGGCCAUGUAAAGCAACUCUUGUGACCAAAUCGAUCUACGUUAUACAAAAUCAGACCAAAAUUCUUGAUUCAAAUCAAAGGGCAGCGUCAAGACUCGAUUGAACGGCAAAACCCCCUCCGGCCUGGUGGACGGCGGAUCGAAUUUCUUCUCCUAUUCGUAAGCUUUUUAUGUACAGGUCAAGAAUAUUUAUAAGCAGCUUGUAAAUUCAAAAAAGAGUAAUUUACCUCAAUAUGACUAAAACAUAAUGAUAUUCUCAAUAUAGGACCAUAUGUUUU